CUGCCUGUUCUCAUUCAUCUACAACAGGAGCCCACGUCUCCUUUGAAAGCUAUGUACAGUGGGAUCUGCCUCUGCCUCCUCCUGGCUGUCCUGUCUGCAAGCUCCUCGGGGCAGCAACCUUCAGGCUCUCACAAUGCCAAUCCAGCGAUAACCGACCUCGAGCAGACCUUGGUGGAAAACCACCGGCACGCCCGUACCCCAGCCUCUGGUGGUCAGCUGAAAUCAGUCCCACGAGUGGAUGGCAAUGUGGACCCAAAAGCCAACCUUGGAGCUCUGUUAGCCAGAUACCUCCAGCAAGUCCGAAGAGGUUCUCCAGGAAAGGUCUCUGCGAUGGGAUUACAGAGCUUUGACCCUACACACAGGAUAAAAGACAGAGACUACAUGGGUUGGAUGGAUUUUGGACGCCGCAGUGCUGAAGAAUAUGAGUACUCUUCUUAA